CAAAGAAGAAACCUUCACUCAACUCCAUCACUGCUACCCACCGUUUUCUCUCAUUUCUCUUUUUCUCUCAAAACAAAUUGCUCGAUUUUAGGGUUCUGAAAAAUCGCUAUGAAUCGCCACAAUGAUCCAAAUCCGUUCGAUGAAGGAGAGGUCAAUCCAUUCUCGAAAGACAAUGCUGCUCCUGGAUCAAAGUUUCGGAUCCCACAAAUGAUAACGGACACUCUCGGAUUUGGGCAGAAGCAGGAUGCUACAGUGGAUAUACCACUGGAUACGAUGAAUAAUCUGAGGAAGAACGAGAGAGACAUUGCCGCUUGGGAAGCAGAACUUAAUAGGAAAGAAAAGGAAAUCAAAAAGAGGGAAGAAGCUGUUUCUAGAGCUGGUGUCCCUACUGAUGAUAGAAACUGGCCUCCAUUUUUCCCCAUUAUUCAUCAUGAUAUAGCUAAUGAAAUUCCUGUACAUGCUCAGAAGUUGCAGUACUUGGCUUUCGCUAGCUGGCUAGGCAUAGGGUUGUGCUUGGUCUUCAAUGUUAUUGCUAUAACUGUCUGCUGGAUAAGAGGCGGUGGAGUCACAAUCUUUUUACUUGCUGUAAUAUAUGCCAUACUUGGAAUUCCUCUUUCAUAUGUGCUAUGGUAUAGGCCUCUAUACCGUGCUAUGAGGACAGAUAGUGCCUUGAAUUUUGGUUGGUUCUUCAUGUUCUACGGGAUACAUAUCUUAUUCUGCGUUUUUGCUGCCAUUGCGCCCCCAGUUGUGUUUCAUGGGCAGUCAUUGACGGGCAUCUUAGCAGCAAUUGACGUCUUCUCUCAACAUGUCUUGGUUGGGGUAUUCUACCUCAUUGGAUUUGCCUUUUUUUGCUUGGAAUCACUUCUUAGUUUGUGGGUUCUUCAGAAAAUCUAUUUGUAUUUUAGGGGAAACAAGUGAUGAAGUGAGAGAGAGCUUAGCUUAUUAUUAAGCAACUGGCGAUGUUGCAGCGGUCGUUAAAUCUUCUGGGAGUAUGGUC